AUGCUUGGAUCUGCUGCAGGCAUUGUACUGGCUCUGGCAUUGGUUGUUCCUCACGGAUUUCCGGAAAGUGCUGAGUCAGAAAUGGUGUGUUAUAUGAUUGAUGAUUUGUUGGAAAUGCGGUUACAUGAUCUCCAGCCUGAAGCAAACAUGGAGGAGACCCGAGAAGAUGCAGGGCCGAAAGAGCAAGGGCCAUCUAACGUAUCUUGGUGGUCUUCAGAUUUUGUUGAAAAAUUUGGAUCUGUUUCUUUGGAUUCUCACGAUGAGACACUAAGUAAUAAAGAAUCUCCUCCACAUUUUGUCAAAGAUGUUUUGUCUUCUCAGCAAGCAUCACAAACUCUCUGGCGCGCUGGAAUGCUUUCAGAACCAAUACCAAAUGGUUUUUACUCAGUCAUUCCGGCACAAUUCAGAAUUCCCAUGCCUGAAGGACUGGUUUAUGAGAUGAGGGUUGUCUCCAAUCAUGGGAUUCAUCCAAAUAGUGGAGAAUGUGGGGUUUCGAAGAGUGUCCUGGAGACAAGACUUAAGGAACUUUUUGAUAAUAUUCCUACCUUGGACGAGCUUCAUGCUUUGGGUGGAGAGGGUUUUAAGGCUGAUAUCAUUCUCGUGGAUUCAGAGAAAGAUAAAAAGUUAUCCAUGCUAAAGCAAUUGAUUGUGGCAUUAGUUAGAGGACUAAACUCAAAUCCAGCUGCCAUAAUUAAGAAGAUAGCUGGACUAGUUUCUGAUUUUUAUAAGCGUCCCAGUGUGGAAAGUCCAGCAAAAGCUGCACUAGAGGAAACCUCUCACAUGUUUGAGAGUCGAGGUGUCCAGCUGCUUGGGCAAAUAAAGCAUGGUUCUUGUCGUCCUCGAGCUAUCUUAUUUAAAGUAUUAGCUGAUACUGUUGGUCUUGAAAGUAGGCUCGUGGCGGGGUUGCCAAAUGAUGGAGCUACUGAAUGUCAAGACUCGUACAAGCAUAUGUCUCUGAUAGUUGUAUUAAAUUCUGUGGAGAUGCUGGUUGAUCUCAUGCGAUUUCCAGGCCAAUUGUUACCACGAUCAACCAAGGCAAUUUUUAUGACUCACAUUUCUGCAGCAGGAGAGAGUGAUUCAGCAGAAAACGAUUCUUGUGAUUCACCAUUAGAACCAAACAGCCCUUUAUUUGGGGUUUCAGAUAGUGUUGACAAGGAGGAAAACCUCCAAUUCCAUAGAAAAUAUGAAGCAUCUUCAAAUGCAUUGGGUCUUUCCUUGAGAAAUGCAAUGUUACGAUCAAAUAGCAGUUUGAGGGGCAGAUUCUUUUCACAUAGUGAACCCAAUAUUGCCACUACAUUAGGUCGGCGUAGUCGGAGAAAGAUCAUUGCUGAACAGAGGACAGCUAGUUCAAGAGCCUGGAGUGUGAUACUACUACAAGGCAUAGCUGUUGAUAUUGUUUUCAUGAUCAAAAAAGGAAUGCUAUAUGAACAUUUUAGAGGUGUGGCACAACAUGAUGACUUUAAUUCUACACAUGCACUAGUACUGCAUGACGAUGAAUGGAGCAAACAUACUCGUCAAAAUUGCAGUGAUGCCAGUGAGAAUGGAAUUUCACUUUUCCGGAUGUUUUGUGGUGCAAAGAUGCCCUUGUCAUAUGCAGACUCCAUUUGUCCAGAACAUCCUUCAUUGCGAGCACAGGGACGAUCCAUGCUUAGUGGUGAUCGGACAUCAUUUAGAGAUUUUACUGAUGAUCAGGCUCCAUCAAGAUCAAGCUAUAGGUCAGAUGGUGCAUCCUCGUCAGAAGCUCGUAGGAUACGAAGAAGAAGCAUCAGCAUUACACCAGAGAUUGGAGAUGAUAUCGUAAGGUUGAUUAUUGUUCUAGAUGCUUAUGGAUUUAUGCUUGCUUUAAUUGUGAAGUGUGCUUUCCUUGGUAUAUUGUUUUAUUUGCUUUGA